AUGUGUUUCUGGAUGAACCCGCAAAAGUUGGUCAAUCGAGACUCCAUAUCAGACCACUACAAGCCCCCGGAUCCAUCUCGACCAAGCGUCCAUGGACCAGCUCAUUUCGAGCGUCCAUGUUCGGCCAGCGAGGCGUUAUUUUGCUCGACGCCAAACCAAGUAUCGAUCCAUGUCGCUUACAACGGUUGGGAUGGAUGCAUCUUAUACUUCGCACCCAUGAAAGUUGCCUAUUUCAAGAUAUUGCCACUUGCGAAAAUUUCUCCCUGGGUAAUGAUUAACGUUUUCGUGGAGCAAGCCGGUAACUCACCAUGGAACGACUACUGGGUGCGGUCAGUUGUUGACCUGCGAUUUGUGCGGAUAAAUGUACAUGAAUAA